AUGCCUACAAGGGUCAUGAACAAGGGUGGAGUUGAAGGUGGUGGGUGCAUGCACGUGAUGUCUUGUGUAGAAUCGCCGGCGGUUUACGGCGGCGAUAGGAGGUUUCCGGUGGCCAAAAAGGUGGGUUUUAAGGAUGUUGAGAAAGAAGAAAAGAGAUUGGAUCCUUACGAUUCUGAUUCAGAAUCGUCAUCUAUAGGAAAAAAUAGUGAUAUUUCUGAGAAAUCAUCGGAUAUUUUUGAUGAAAAUGAAGAGGUUCAGAGUUCGUAUAAAGGGCCCUUGGACGCCAUGAAUGCCUUGGAGGAAGUUUUACCGAUAAGGAGGGGCAUUUCAAGAUUCUACAAUGGAAAAUCUAAGUCCUUUGCAAGUUUGAUAGAUGCUUCUUCGUCGUCUAUAAGAAACAUCUCGAAACCCGAGAAUGCGUACACGAGGAAACGAAGAAACCUUAUCGCCUGUAGUAUUGCUAGCUGGGAUGUCAAGAAUAGAAGCUCCCUUCCGAAGAGUAAUUUAGGUGGGAUUUCUAAGAGAAUGACCAACUCGAGUCGAACCACAUUGGCCUUGGCUGUUGCCAUGAGCAACUCGGAAAGUGACACGCAUCCCACCGAUUGCAAUUCUUCCGAAUCGUCCUCGUCAUCUUCUCCCCGGAAGAAUUUGCCGGUGUGGCGAUCCUUCUCAUUGGCUGAUUUGGAGCAGGGUGUGACUCCUACAACCACAUGUACAUCUUCAAAUCAAUUAGCUAUGAAUCCUUGA